AUGAACGCUCCAGCGUUCGCGGUGCGCCCACGAGUUGACACCGAUUCAUCCACCGUUCGGGAACCCCCUGGGUACGUCCAAAGCGAUCGCGCGCGGGGCGAGCGUCGCGAGAAGGACGCUUCCUCGAUCGCUGGAGAUUCCACGAGGCGCGCGACCUCGACGUCGCAUGCGCACGACGCCGCGAUCGAGCUCCAGCGCUCGAAGCUUCGAGUCCGUCGGGCGUUCGCGUACGCCCAAUCGAGCGUGAGCUCGGUCGGGAUGAUGGGAUUCAUGAUGUGGAUGAGCGGAUCAUCGGUGCAAGUGUUUAGCAUCAUGGUCGUCUUCGGCGGCGUGGCGCAGACGACGAGAGCGAUACUCGGGUCGAAAGCGACAUUCGAAGCUUUCAGAGACGGCGACGAGCGGGCGAACGUGGCGCCGGCGCGGAUGAUGUUCGUUUUAGUGCAGCUUGCAGGGUUACUCUUGGCUCUUAGGAAGCUCAACACGAUGGGUCUGCUGCCUUCGCACGCGAGCGAUUGGGUCGGAGGGUGGAAACCGCCGCGUUCGCUCGAGCGCGCGUUCGGAGGCAUAGAGUUAGAGUUUUAA